AUGGCGGCCAUCGGAAAGUUUUCUCUACGGGCGGCGAUAACCCCCCCAUCUCCUCUUACUAGAGAAGGGAUUAAGCUGUUGGCUUUGGUCAUAUCGUUUGUGUCGUGUUAUUCUGUUUUUGGGAUGAUGUCUGGUGUGGAAAUUGAUAGGAAUUUGAAUGCCAAACAUGAAACUCCCAGCUUGAACACCAGCCCUUGCUUGGACAACAACCAGGCUACCUCCAUAAAGCUCAAUAUGAAUUCCAACCUGAAGGUGUCCGAAAAACACGAUCUUGGCAUUCUGAUCUCAUGCAAAGUCUGUGAGGCACGAUCGUUCAAGACCAUGGCUCGCGAUUCAUAUCAGAAGGGUGUGGUUAUUGCCAAGUGUGAUCCCUGUGGCAACUUGCACCUUAUUGCUGAUCGAUUAGGAUUGUUUGGGGAGGAAAUCAAGACCAGUCCUUGUUUCACUGUGAACCUGACGUUAAAAGAAACCAGAAAAACAACCAAGAAAAAGACCGAGGGAAAAACCAAGGAUAUUGCUGGAAAUAAAGAAACUUAG